CCUUGCCUGUUUCCGCCAUCGAACACAAACCCGCUAAAGCUCUUCCAUUACAGAAACCCAUUUUCAAAUUCAAAACAAUGGAUGCAUUCGGCCGCUACUUCGUCGACGAGAAAGCAGUCCGUGUUGAGAACAUUUUCCUCGACUUCCUCAAAAGUUUUAGAUUAGAUGGACAAAAUCGUAAUAUAGGAGAACCGUACUACGAUGCUGAGAUUGAAGCAAUGAAAGCGAAUGAAUCAACAACGAUGUUCAUUGAUUUCUCCCAUGUCAUGCUUUUUAAUGAUGUUCUUCAAAAAGCCAUUGCCGACGAGUACUUUAGGUUUGAGCCGUAUUUGAAGAAUGCGUGUAAGAGGUUUGUGAUGGAGCUGAGCUCAACGUUUAUAUCUGAUGAUAAUCCUAACAAGGACAUCAAUGUUGCUUUUUUUAAUAUCCCUUUUUCCAUGAGAUUAAGAGAGCUAACAACAGCGGAAAUUGGGAAACUUGUGUCAGUAACCGGAGUGGUGACUCGCACAAGUGAGGUAAGGCCGGAGCUUUUGCAAGGAACUUUUAGGUGUUUGGAAUGUGGUGGUGUUGUCAAGAAUGUUGAACAGCAAUUCAAAUAUACUGAGCCAACAAUUUGUGCCAAUGCGACAUGUUCCAAUAAAAUGAGAUGGGCAUUGCUUAGGCAAGAGAGCAAAUUUGCUGACUGGCAGAGGGUGAGAAUGCAGGAAACCUCUAAAGAGAUUCCUGCCGGUUCCCUUCCCAGAUCUUUGGAUGUUAUUGUUCGCCAUGAUAUUGUUGAAAAGGCCAGAGCUGGUGACACGGUCAUUUUCACAGGCACUGUGGUUGUUGUACCUGAUAUAUUGGCAUUGGCAUCCCCUGGAGAGAGAGCAGAAUGCCGCCGGGAAUCUUCUCAGCUUAAAAAUUCUGCUGUUGGUGGUGAAGGUGUCAGAGGGCUCCGAGCAUUGGGAGUGAGAGACCUCUCUUAUCGCCUUGCAUUUAUAGCCAAUUCCGUGCAGGUUUGUGAUGGCAGAAGGGAUACUGACAUCAGGAAUAGAAAAAAGGCUGUUGAUGAAGAUGAUAACCAGGAAUUCACGACAGAGGAGCUAGAUGAAAUCCAAAGAAUGAGAAACACUCCUGAUUUCUUCAAUAAGAUUGUUGAUAGCAUUGCUCCAACUGUUUUUGGUCACCAAGAUAUCAAACGUGCAAUCCUGCUCAUGCUCUUGGGUGGCGUUCACAAGUUCACUCAUGAGGGUAUUAACCUUAGGGGGGACAUCAAUGUUUGUAUUGUUGGUGAUCCCAGCUGUGCAAAGUCUCAGUUCCUCAAGUAUGCUUCAGGUAUAGUUCCAAGAUCUGUCUACACAUCUGGAAAAUCAUCAUCUGCUGCUGGGCUGACAGCAUCUGUGGCCAAAGAACCAGAAACUGGGGAAUUUUGUAUUGAGGCUGGUGCAUUGAUGCUUGCUGACAAUGGCAUUUGUUGCAUUGAUGAAUUUGACAAGAUGGAUAUUAGAGAUCAGGUUGCAAUUCAUGAGGCCAUGGAACAGCAGACAAUAAGCAUCACAAAAGCUGGGAUACAAGCGACACUCAAUGCUCGAACAUCAAUUCUAGCUGCAGCUAACCCUGCUGGAGGACGCUAUGAUAAAUCUAAACCGCUCAAGUAUAAUGUGGCUCUCCCUCCUGCAAUUCUUUCAAGGUUUGAUCUGGUAUAUGUGAUGAUUGAUGAUCCAGAUGAUCAAACUGAUUACCACAUUGCGCACCAUAUCGUAAGAGUUCAUCAAAAGCGUGAAGAAGCUCUUUCUCCUGCAUUCACAACUGCUCAGAUAAAACGAUACAUUACAUAUGCAAAAACCUUGAAACCAAAGCUUAAUUCCGAAGCAAGAAAACUGUUGGUGGACUCUUAUGUUGCUCUUCGCAAAGGUGAUACAACUCCAGGGAGUAGAGUUGCUUAUCGAAUGACUGUUAGACAGCUGGAGGCACUGAUCAGACUGUCUGAGGCCAUUGCUCGAAGUCAUUUGGAAACUCAGGUACAACCACGGCAUGUCCGUGUAGCAGUCAAAUUGCUGAAAACAUCCAUAAUCAGUGUGGAGUCAAGCGAGAUUGAUCUAUCUGAGUUUCAAGAAGCAAAUGGUGAUGGUGGAAAUGAUGGUCCCAGUCAAGGUGAUGCCCAGCCAAGUAAUGCUGACGCUAACCCAGUUUCAGAAAACACAGAAAAUGGAGCGGCUUCUGCUAGCCGACAGGGGAAAAAACUUGUAAUAAGUGAAGAAUACUUUCAGAGGGUUACACAAGCACUGGUCAUGCGCCUUAGACAGCAUGAAGAAGCUGUGAUGCGAGAUGGGACGGGGCUGGCUGGAAUGAGGCAGGGAGAGUUGAUAAGAUGGUAUGUGGAUCAACAAAAUCAGAAAAAUAGCUACAGUUCCUUGGAGGAAGCAAAGAAUGAAGCUUCCAAAAUCAAAGCCAUUAUAGAGAGUUUGAUUCGGAGAGAAGGCUUUUUGAUUGUGGUAGAUGAUGGCAGCCGACCAGAAGCAGAGGGUGAUGGUGCAAGGCAAUCAUCAUCAAGAGAUGACAGGAUAUUGGUUGUGGCUCCUAAUUAUUUGGUAGAAUGAUGUGAUGCAUUCACAACUCGGUAACCAGAAGACUCGUGCAUGGUGCAUGGUGUAUGGUGUAUGAGGUCAUGCUAAGUUAAAUGUAACUUAACCAUAUAUACAUGCUGCAAGUUCGGCUUUUCUAUAGCCAAUAGUUUUUAAGUUCACGGCAGCUGAAAGCCUGGCAUUGGAAUCAACCCAUUUUUCUAAUCGUAAAUGCAUUUGUAAGAUCUGAAAAUAGCAUCUAAAGUGUGGUAGGUGAUUAAGAAGUGAUGUUUUUUUCUCCAUGAUUGUUAUGCAAAGCGCAAAUGUUUUAUGGUGGCA